CAUACAAGUGCAGGACUGUUGGUUUUACAGCCCAAAUACCAUUGCUCUUAUUCCAGGGCAGACAGGCAAGCUGAUGUACGUGAUGCACAACUCGGAAUAUCCCCUCAGCUGCUUCGCUCUCUUUGAAAACGGUCCCUGCCUCAUAGCAGACGCCAACUUUGAUACCCUUAUGGUGAAGUUGAAAGGCUUCUUCCAAAACGCCAAGGCGAACAAGAUAGAGAGCCGGGGCACCCGCUACCAGUACUGUGACUUCUUGGUGAAGGUGGGCACGGUCACAAUGGGGCCCAGUGCCCGUGGGAUAUCUGUGGAGGUGGAGUACUGCCCCUGCGUGAUAGCCAACGACUGCUGGAACCUGCUCAUGGAGUUCAUGCAGAGCUUCAUGGGGAACCACACUCCCGGAAUCCCGUCCGUGUUUGGCACCAAGCACGACAGCAUCUACAGCCCAGCGGACACGAUGGUUCAGUACAUGGAGCUGUUCAACAAGAUCCGCAAGCAGCAGCAGGUGCCUGUAGCGGGGAUCAGAUGAAAGGACUCCCUGGAGCCCGGGUUAGAGCGACUGCAUCCUCUUUUUCUGCCUGCCUGCGUGGAUCAGGAGUCCCUCCAAAAAGCGGCACUGGAGGCAGCCCAAGGUUUUUUUUUCUUCUCAAUCUCUUUCCCCCGUUUCAAAGCAAAGGUCUUGAAUGCUGUGCGUAUUUCUUGUUGUCCUCCUUCGUGUUUUUGAGCGUGUCUGGGAUCGGGCCCGUGGUUCCGAUGGUUCUUAGUACAGUGCUUCAUGCAGGGGAUUACUGUUCGUCGGUGGAAGGAGGGAAAAGGAGAAAUUCCAGCCAAAUGCAUGCAAGGGCAGAGUUUUCUUGUCUGCAAACAGCUACACGAGAGAUUUUUUUUUUAAAAUUUGUUUUAGAUAUCCACGUGAAAGUGUCGUCUUGUUUUUCAUCAAAAUAAAAAGCUGUAUUUUGU